UUACUUUUUUUUUUUUUUUUUUUUUUGAACUUUUUUGUGGUUCCUAUCCUUAAACGAUCCUUAAACGUUCGCGUCGCGUGCGUGUGCGUGUGUCGUGUGUAAUUGUGCUAAUCGAAUCGCGUUGGUGAUCGUACGUGUGUCGUGUGUGUGCGUGAGUGCGUGUAUGUUCGGCCCGGGAAAAAAAAGAGAGUAAAAAAGGACAAAGAAGAAAAUAAAAGUAACUGAAGUUUUGUCACAAGAACGACAAGCGUACACAUAUACGCGUACACAUACAUAAAUACGUCGUAGCCAAGAACAGUAGCGCGCAACAUGGAAGCUGGCGAUUCCAGGAAACUGUCUCUUCUACUAUGCUUUCUUCUUAUUUUCUCGAACGUCUUACAAGAUGGUUAUGGCGAAGUUGAGGAUCUCGAGUCGGACGUACAGGAUUACAACACUGAAGAGGAUUACAAUGACGUCUUCGAUUCGACGAUGAACGGAACCGACGUGGACGCGACCACUGGUGGCAGCAAAAGUGGUACUUUGAAGUUUGUCAGGACCCUCUCGAAUAUAUCGAAGGACGAAGGUGGCGUAGCUCACAUGCGUUGCGAGGCUGUUGGUGAUCCACCACCUAUCAAAAUACGUUGGUACAAAAAUGAAGCACCCCUAGAAGAGAAACGACCGAAAAUUACCAUCAGGAAAAUUCAUGCUCAGGCACACGAGCACGCAGCUAAGAACGUAGCUGGUAGUCGUCUUAAGAUCACUAACCUCGACGUUUCCGACGUUGGAUUUUACUCGUGUCGCGUGACCAAUGGUAAAGAUCAGAUUCAAAGCGAGGGCACCCUAAGGGUCGAUUCAACUCAGAAAUGGCAAGCUCCAAUUAGUCCUGUUGUACAUUCAGAUAAUCCAACAUCGAACACUGACGAAUUUUCAUCCGGUUUACCCGCUGGAUCUAGUUUUAUCGAUGGAAUGGAUAAUACAAACAGACUGGAUAUCUCAGGGAUUGGUAUGUCAACGCCACACAUCUCUCAUUUGGCACCCACAAAUUCUUUAAAUAUAUUAUCGCCUAGUCCACAACCGACUAGUUCCCAGUCUAGCACCGUGGAUUUUAGUACAUUCAGUGGCCUUAAAAACGUCAAUAUGCAAGUACCAUCGGGUAUGGUAAAUUUUGCUGGAUUUCCAGGUAUGAGCGCUAUACCUGGGAAGAAAGACAAUCAUGAAGGAACUUGCGAGGUCUACGUGGGUAAAACCUGUGCGCAAUUUGUUGGAAAUCAAACCGUUUACAUUUUGUAUCCAAUGACGCAAAAAUUGCUCGAAGACAAAUUGAUCCAAGCUUUUGGUGUUAUAAACUUUUCAAACGAUUUAUCUUCCAAUUGUGAAAGCUAUGCCAAACCAUCUUUAUGUUACUCAACGUUUCCUAUCUGUCGAAACCCACCAAAUAAUCCAAAACCAAAGAAUACUGAAUUUUCAGAAUUCAGUAGUAAAUUGUUCAAUCGUCUUCAGUCUAAUCAAGAUGAACAUUUAGAAGACGGUGAUGGAGAGGAUAUGUUAGAUGAUUAUACAAGAACGCAUGGACUUCCUAGGAAAAGAAGUCCUACGUUAGGUCCUGGUUUUGAAUUCAAUCCGAGCAAAGAGAGAAAAGGAGGCAAUCAGAAAAUAAUCAAUCAAAGUUAUGGAGACAGUCGUUCGUCCAAUAAGAACGAAAUGAAUCGAAAAUUACGAAGAAUAUGUCGGGAGGAAUGUGAACUGUUGGAAAACGAAUUAUGUAGGACAGAAUACGCGAUUGCAAAAAGACAUCCAUUAAUCGGACAAGUGCCUUUACUCGAAUGCUCUGAUUUACCGCUUAAAGGCAGUCCAGAAGCUCAAGAUUGUUUAAGCGUUGGUAUAUCUACAAAAAAUAAUGUACAAGAAAACGAUUACUGUUUUUGGGGCAAUGGAGAGUCUUAUCGUGGUACAGUAAAAACAAGCAUUAGCGGCAGGCCUUGUUUGAAAUGGUCUCAUCUAAUAAUGCUACACAUUUCUAAUUACCCCGAAUUAGCUGGACGACAUUCUUAUUGUAGAAAUCCGGCUGGUCAAGAAAUACAGCCUUGGUGUUUUGUUGAUGCUAAUAAUAGGACUCAAAAAGAAUUUUGUCAUAUACCUAAAUGUGUUGAAAAUUUGUGGAUUUAUGCGGUUGUUGGUUUUGUACUAAUGGGAGGGUUUGUUACUAUAAUAAUUUGUUAUUGCUGUUGCUACAGAAGUAGAAAAUCAAGAAGACAAAUGAAUCACUUACCCUCAAAUAAAAUGUUGACUGGAAUACAAUGCGACAAAAACAUAUAUGAUGGAAGACGCAGUACUACACAACCGAUGGAAAUGAGUUCUCUUUUAGCUGGACCAGGUAACACGACUCCAGGUACAGGGACAUUAAGUAGUGGUAGUAGUAGAACUUCGAAUAACAGAGUACCUCAAUUUACCACAAAUAAUGUGGUAUUAUUGCAAGAACUUGGAGAGGGUGCUUUCGGAAAAGUAUAUAAAGGUGAACUACAGACUGGCAAUAAAUGCGAACCACCAAUAUAUGUUGCCGUUAAGACUUUAAAAGAGAAUGCAAGUCCAAAAACACAGAGUGAUUUUAAAAGAGAAGUGGAUCUAAUGACCGACCUUCGACAUCCGAAUAUAAUCUGUUUGUUAGGUGUUAUAUUAAAAGGAGAACCAAUGUGUAUGUUGUUCGAAUAUAUGACGCAAGGAGAUUUGCACGAAUUUUUAAUCUGUCAUUCGCCAAGAUCAGACGUUCCAUUGAACAAUGUAACUGGAAAGAUAUUGGAGCAACCAGAGUUUCUUCAUAUCGCAUUGCAAAUAGCAUCUGGAAUGGAAUAUUUGGCCAGCCAUCAUUACGUUCAUCGUGACUUAGCUGCUAGAAAUUGUUUAGUAGGAGACAAUCUGACCGUGAAAAUCUCUGAUUUCGGAUUGUCACGUGAUAUUUAUAGCAGCGACUAUUACAGAGUUCAAUCUAAAAGCUUAUUGCCAGUACGAUGGAUGCCACCGGAAUCGAUUUUGUAUGGUAAAUUUACAACCGAGUCGGACGUUUGGAGUUUUGGAGUUGUACUCUGGGAAAUUUAUAGUUACGGUUUACAGCCAUAUUACGGAUACAACAAUCAAGAGGUAAUCGACAUGAUCCGUUCUCGUCAAUUAUUACCAUGUCCAGAGGAUUGUCCAACGAUGAUAUAUAGUUUGAUGAUAGAAUGUUGGCACGAAGUGGCCAAUCGAAGACCACAAUUUCCAGAGAUUCAUCACCGUUUACACAAUUGGUAUAUGAAUCAAACAUAUUUAAGCGACUUUUGUAAUGAAUCAAUUACAAGUUAUUCCGGUAGUAGUCACAAGAGUACGAAUAAGACAAAUUCAACACAACUCUCAGCACCGAUAUACAAAACUGAUCAAAAAGAACAAAUGUUUAAGAGUAAUAUGGAUUCAUUGGUAUGCAGUCUGAAUGAUCAUAACAAUGCGUUGAAGUUACACCAACAAAACUUUCCAAAUUCAGAAUCCAUCGAACAAAGAACUGUCUCUAUCUUUAACGAUCACAAUACACCUAACAAGACUGUUAAUUAUCAAUCUCCAACUACGAAUGUUAAUCUGAAUGAUUACGAUGAUAAACAAUGUUGCUCACCGAAAUUGAGCGGCGCCAAAAAAGUUUUACCCUCUGUUCCUCAAUCGAUAAUAGGUAAAACAACAAACGCCUCUAAUGGCACGAGACCAAUGCAAAAUGGUGCACAGUUAGUUGUCAGGUUACCAGAUCCGAGUAAAGUUACGACUGAAACCAGGGUAUCUAAGUGAAGAAAAAAAAAUAAUAAAAUAAAAUAAAAGAAAAGAAAACAAAAUCGAUUAUUCUAAGGGAC